AUGUUGGAAAGAUCUAAAACUGGUACGGGGAAGAAACGUAGUUGUUCACACAAAUAUUAUAUUAAAUUAGGAAAUAGAAAUAUACAAAUUUGCAGAAAUGGCUUUGCAUCUAUCCAUGGAAUAUCCAAAAAGCGUGUAGACAAUGUUGCUGAAGAGUAUCGGGAUCCUACUGUAACUACACCAGCUCAGCCUAAUCGUGGAAAACAUCAAAAUAGACCAAAUCGUAUUCCAAGUGAAUGGGUUUCUAAAGUUGACUUUCAUAUUAUAAGUUUCCCACGUCGCGAGUCACACUACAGUAGAAAUAAAAGCUCACGUUAUUAUCUGUCUCCAGAGUUGAACAUUAAAAGGAUGUACGAGUUAUAUUUGAAAAAGCAUGAGCUUGGUCUUGAAGCAUCUGCUAAGCCUAUAGUAUCAUUUAAUUUUUACUACAGAUACUUUAAACAAAAUUUUAAAUACAGUUUUGGGUCACCUCGUUCAGAUACUUGCAAGAAGUGCGACAUGCUGAGUAACAAACUAAAAGAUAAGACAUUGGAUAGCGAUGAAACCCAACAAAUACAGAUAGAGAAGAGUCUUCAUCAAGCCAAGGCCGACACUUUUUUUGUUGAUUUAAAAGAGAAGAGUCAACUUGCUCUUAAUAAUGAAGAAUGCGAAGUAUUAACAUUUGAUUAUCAGCAGAAUAUGCCAUUACCUAAAAUUCCAGCAGGUGAAGCAUUUUAUAAACGUCAACUUUGGGCAUAUAAUUUUUGUAUUCAUUCAGCAAAAACAGGGAUUGCUCACUUUUAUUUAUAUGACGAAACCAUAGGCCGAAAAUCACCAAACGAAGUCAUAUCUUUUAUAAAUCACUACAUAAAUGACAUUUUACCAAGCACAGUUAAAGUACUGUAUUUAUUUUCUGAUAACGCAGCAGCACAAAAUAAUAACUCGACUUUAGUUCAGUAUCUAUAUACGCUUAUGCGGUGUUCAUCUUUUGAGAAGAUUGUUCAUCGAUUUCCAGAACCAGGACACAGCUUCUUACCGUGUGAUCGGUGUUUCGGCGUAAUAGAAAAGUUUAAUAGAAGGAAAGAUUACAUAUUUACGACUUCUGAAUAUGCCGAUUGUAUUACGCAAGCAUCUAAAAAUUUCAAAGUUGUAAAUGCAAGUCAAAAUAUGAUACUUAACUUCAGCCAACAUUAUGAGAGUCAUUUCAAAAAAGUAAGAACAAAUACAGAGAAGAUUCGAUUCAAAAUAUCUCAAUAUCGUAUUUUUGAAUAUAGUAAAGACCACAUUGAAACUAUUGCAGUCAGUGUUACAACGGGAACGCCAGUAUUUGAUUAUUUUCCUAUAAUGAGAAAUGCUCAAGCCCAACUAUCAGUUCUGCCUCAGAAACCGCUGUAUGAUUUUGGAAAACCGUUGAAAAAGGCUAAAUACAACGAUGUUAUGCAGUUAGUAAAGAACUAUGUUCCACCAAAUAAACUAUAUUUCUACAGGGCCCUUAAAAGUGAAGCUGUCGGACCAACAGAUGGUAUUUCUAGCGAAGACGACGAUGAUCAAGCUGAAGUUAACCUUUAA